AGUAUUCAGGCAGGUCCUGUGUUUAUGUUGCGAGACAAUGAGGAAGGAAACAUUGCAUCUGGGUUUAUAAAUAUAUUUGUUUUAACGGCGUUUUGGUGAUUUCUACGUUUUAUAAUACAGAAAUGAGACUCAAAUUGUAAAACCAGCGUUAAACCCUACUGACUGUGUCCUCGGAGCGCUUCUUACACCAAACCGGGAGGUCAGCAACCAGCGACAGGCAGUUAAUCCGCUUCACAACUGGACUCUGUAUUUAUCUCUUGAUGGAGCUGCAUGUUGUUCACUAUGAGAAUGUGUAAUUACUGAGUGCCUGGGUUCAGUGAAUGUCCCUUUGUUGGGUAACAAGGGAGGUCCUGCAAUGGAUUCAGUCUACAUUAAACAGGAAGCCGCUGACUGGGAAUCUGUGUGCAUUAAAAACGAGGAUUCUGAUCUGGAACCAGCAUGCAUUGAGCAGGAAGUGUUGAGUGGAGAUGUGAACACUACAAUUGAGAAAGAGGUGCCUGAACUGAGAAUCGCUCAGAGGAACCGCCUCCUCCCUGAAGUGCAUGUGAGAAGAGGAAACUUAACAGCUGCCAGUGAUCAGAGGGCAAGAUCAGUGACUCCCAAGAUCAAUAUAAAGGAUCCGAAACGACGGCACAGGUUUUCAGAGGAAGAGGACAUCGUGUUGAAGGAGGCGGUUGCUCUCCGGCACAAUCAGCUGUAUGGCAGGGAAAGCUGCAGGCUGGGGAGAGGAGGAAAGAAGAAGCUGUGGCAGGAGAUUGCCAGCCAUGUUAACAAUGUGGCCGAACACAGACGCAAGCCAGAUGAUGUCCGGCGGCGUUUCGAAUUUAUAAGAAAUAAACUGCGGUCGAGAGCUGGGCGUCUGGUUACAGGAGGAGUGAGUCAGGGAUCCGCUGUGCCCAACGGCAGCAGGUCUCCAGACACAACCUCUGAUGAACUCGCAUCCCUGGAGGAAGAGCUGCUGAUGGGAGUCUCCAGUGCUGUGGACACCCUCACUGAGUGGUGUGAUACCCCUUUGGGAUUACAACCACCACCACCACCCCCUUCACUGGGCAGUCCAGCUAACUUUUACACCAGCUACUCCAUGGAUGUACCACACCAAGGUGCCACCAGUGUAAACGAUGCACCUCACAACCCGCAUUUCCCCAACACCCUGGUUCCGAGUCUGUGCAAUGAGGAGCUAAUGCAGGAGCCAUAUCCACCCAGCCAACACCUACCACAAGUAGAGGAACACAAAACACCAGCUUGGAACUUAAAAGACCAACCACAGGCAACCAGAAGUGCUCCAUCCAGAAACAUACCGACGCAACCAGCGAUUUCACGCAACCCGUCUUCUGCAGCAAGACCUCAAUCUUCGCAAGCAACAGUUAGCCAACAAAAAAGUUCAGGUGAAGGCCAGGAGGGGUAUGGAGAGCAUGAGGUUCUGGGAGCAAAGAGGUCAAGCCCUCAACCCCACCAGAAUGACCCUGGAUCUGCGGUGGACAGAGGCUAUCUUAUGGAGCGGAAUUAUACGAUGGAGGCCAUCCAGGAGGCUCGACUGCAGGAACUGCGUGCAAUCUGCAAAGUGCUGGAGAGAGUGGAGCAGAAACAGAGCGCCUUCCUGGGCGCCAUUGCCAGCAGGCAGAAUGAAGAACUAGAGAUGCGGCAGGCUCUUGUCCAGACUAUUGGGAGCAUAGGAACCACGAUGAACAGAUACUUUGAACAUCUCAUACAGAACUCUAACUCGACCUUCACUCCUCCGGAAAAGCUUAUUCUGCCAGCAAGGGUGGAUUCCCCAGCACAAGAAGCCAGCCACGUAUCUCCCAGUGUUCUCCAGGGUGAUUCUCCACACACCAGGGGGAAAGCUCUGUCCUUUCUUCCCAAACUCACAGACAUGGUUUCCCUACCUUCUGAAGUUGUAGAGGAUUGCAUUGCAGGGUUGUAUCCUACACACAGCCCUUGCUCUUAUCCUGUGAAAUACUGAUUAAAGAUCAUAUACCAGUACUGAAUAGAUGGUUUUAUGUU